GACUUUGACAACUUCAGUCCAUCAUGGCUGGUGAUAGCGAUGGUCUCGUUGGUCAUUAUUUAAGUAAUUUUUCUAUUCCAGUUUUAUCAUGUACUUCAUCCACAAUUUGACAAUAAUUCAAGCAAAACUCACACCAUGUCCAAACAUAGAAAAUCCGGAAAGAAACACUCCUCAAACAGCCUAGCAGAUGUAACAAUCAACGAUUUCGCCAACUCUUCAGUAUGCAAAUACCGUACAAGAAAAUCAACCACUAACGUCAAUAAAGUACUGAAACAGCUAGAAGACGAUAAAAACUGGGAUGAAAAAACGGAAGAUUUCGAUGGGAAUUUCGUCGAGAAAGAGAACGAAGACGGGACCAUAUCAUACGUCAUCCAAAAAUCAGAACCACGAAGAAGAAGAAAGACAGUGUCCAGUAGUGAAGACCGCAAACCUGACGAUACCGGAAAUGAAUAUCCCAUAGAUAUUUGGUUUCUGAUUUCUGAAUAUAUCCGACCUGAAGAUGUCGGUCGAUUUGCAGGAAUCUGCAAAGCUUCAUAUGAGGUUGUUUCAACAGCGAAAUUCUGGUUUUCCAUGUACAAACGGCACUACAAGAGCGUACCAAAUCUGCCCGAACGUCUCCACCCCGAAUGCCUCUUCAGGAAAUACGGUAUUCGCACGUCGGUUAUAAGGGCUCUAAAUUACAUGUACAUACCCUUCAUUUCGCGCUUGAAGUCCAUGGAAAGACUAGAACAGCAUCCAGAUAUUCUAAAGAAAACGCGGUGCGUCCUGAUGUGGCACAAAAAAACCGAUACUCAGUGCCUGUACUAUUUCAAGAUGAAGAUAAAUGUCCAGUCGCCGCAUCGCAGAAGCCAGAAAGAGACUUAUCAACCGGACCUUCUGGAGAUGCUUGACGACGUUUUUGCCAAUCAGGACGAAAGUUGCAGAAUCCUGCAAGUCACAUGCAAACACCUCAUUCCCAUAGCCCCGGUGUUGGGCCUUACACUGACAUCUGCCCAACUCAACUUAUCCGCGGAGUUGAGAUCCUAUAAGCUACAGUUGUGGUUUGGGUCCGAGAUUCAAAGCUGCAAUCCCUCAACAGGUGGCAACGGCAACACUCUCAUCAUCCUGGAACCUGUGAUCAAUGUUAAAGUGCUAGACUGGUGGCACCCUCUUUAUCCCCACAGUUAUAAUAUGGAAUAUUUGUGCAACCAAGAGUAGAACAGAACCAUGUUCACAUGGAUGAUCAAAGCUAACUCCGUUUCAUGCCCCCGUUCCAAUAGAUGUGUGUUUAGGCGGUAAAAAAUUACAGUUUUUACAUAAACACAGGAUUUCAACUUUGUUCGUGUUGGGACGAUUUCAGUUUCAAUGGCUUAAGUGUAUUUAUUUUUACAAAUAAAUUUUUUCAGUUGA